CCAGAGAGAAAAAGAGAGGUCAGCGCUAGAAGAAACACACAGAGCAAGAAGUAUCCAGGACCCAGCAAAGUCAUGGAUUGUCUAUCACAUCUGCUCAGUCCUGCCCAGGUGUUCCUGUGGAUCACCAUGCUGGUUGCGGUCUCCUGCUCUGGAUCAUAUGUGAAAAACACUUAUUUGCUGAAUCCCCCUCCAAGCGUGUCUGCUGGUAGAGAUGGGAAGAUAUCAUCUGAUAGGCCUCUGGGUCCAGAGACUUCUUGUAACAUUGGGUCAGGCUGCUCUUGGAUAACAUCUGUGGGUGCCUCUAGAAAACCAGACUGGGUAUUAUCUUCAGUGGGUGUCUUGGUGCCACAGGAGCAGCAACAGCUUCUGGAGAACAGUUCAUCUAUUGGAGACAUAGAAGCCGGAGACAUUCUUCUCCUGAAUGCUACCAGGCCCUCGGAUAGAUGUGAGUUCAGUCUCCAUAGCCCUGUCCUGCCCAGGAGCUCAGAGUCCUGCAUGUUGGAGCUGGCCAUAUACUUACCUGGAGCUGCUCCUCUUCUCCAGGGACUCGCAGUCAAAGUCCGGCACGUGGAGACAAACCAGGACAUAGUCAUCCCUCUGAGAGUUGGACAUGAAAAGGAUGGCUGGGUGAAGUGGAAAGUUUUGAUGGCUGAGAUUGGCCAAGUGAAGAGACCUUUUGAGAUUUUUCUGCUGUAUUCAAAUUGUGGAGCACAAGAGGCUGGGCUGCUGGCAUUGGGCUCUUUGCAGCUCAGGAACUGCUUCUAUGACAAUGGAAGCCAAGGUGUUUCUAGGGAUGACAAGAGCCCUGCUUUCCCUUGCCCACAUGGGGACUGCAUAAGCCAUCUGCAAGUCUGUGAUUUUCACAGUGACUGUCCUGCCAAAGAGGAUGAAGGAGCCUUGUGUGGCAGUCUUCCCAAGGGAGCACACUGUUCUUUUGAACAGGAUCCCUGUGGCUGGAUGUUGAAAGACCCUACAGCUUCCCCUUGGUCCAUUAUGAGCUUUCUGGACACAACACAAGAAGCUUCAUUCAUAGGAUCUGCCCUACAAGACACUGUAGGUGACUUCUUAUACCUACGAGCAAACAGCAGUCAGACAGGUGGUGUUGCCAAGGCUUACAGUGCCAGCUUGCCUGCCAGGAUGGCCAGUGGAGAUUACCAGGUCCAAUUCUCAGUGCAUAUUUUUGGCAAUUACAAUGGUACCCUCUCAUUCUCUGUCCAGGAAGAGACAGAUGGAGUCUGUACCUCCCUGUGGGAAAGGACAGGGAGCUGGAGUGACAACUGGUUUCUAAUCACUCUGCAAAUUCCAGUGCUCCAGAACUGGUUUCACCUGCAGCUUCUGGCAACCUGGGGCUGGAAUUCCCAAGCUGACAUUGCUGUUGAUAAUAUUACUUUUGGACUGGACUGCUUCACUGAUGCUAUAACAGAAAGAAGACACAGCUAUGUUGAUGGAAAGCACCAAUACCCACAGGAAAUCGGAAUCAUGGAUCAGCAUCUGUUGAACCCUUUGGAAGAGCCAUUUCUCUCAGGGGACAUCUCUAUUGUUUUCUGGUGGUUCACAACUUGUGGUGCCAGUGGUCCUCAAGGGCCAACUCAAGCACAGUGUGAUAGUGCCUACCAGAACACCAAUGUGUCUGUCACUGUGGAGAAAGAGGGUAAACUCCGAGGAGUACAAGCGUGGAAAGUGCCAGCAACAAACCGAUACAUGAUUUCUGCCUAUGGAGCAGCUGGAGGGAAAGGAGCCAAAAACCACAAUAAGAGAUCACAUGGAGUCUUCAUCUCAGCUACCUUCCAGCUGGAGAAAGAUGAGCUCCUCUACAUCUUAGUGGGGCAGCAGGGGGAAGAUGCCUGCCCAGGGGGAAAUGUUCAGACCCAGAAGAUCUGCCUGGGGGAGUCAUCUCUCAUUGAAGACAAUUACAAAAAAACAAAGGACCUGAAGGAGUGGGCUGGAGGAGGGGGUGGAGGAGGAGGAGCCACCUACGUCUUUAGACAGAAGGAUGGGACUUUUGAACCUUUGCUGAUCGCAGCAGGAGGAGGAGGAAAGGCAUACCUGAAGGACCAAGACAACUUGCUGGAUGAUAUACCCCUGGAACAGCUUGAGAACAACACAGCAGUGCCUGGAGUCAAUGGGAAAACAGGGGCAGCAGGAGGAGGGGGUGGCUGGCAGGAUAUCACCCAGGUUCCUCGGGCUGGGAAGUCCCUCCUGGAAGGUGGAGAGGGAGGUCAGGCCUGUCCCCAAGCACUAAAUAAGCUUCAGUGGGCAACCUCAGGUGGUUUUGGUGGAGGAGGAGGAGCUUGUACUUCUGGUGGAGGAGGCGGAGGCUACAGAGGUGGGCACGUGUCAGAUAGCGAUGAGAUCACUGCUGAUGGGCAGGAUGGUAUUUCUUUUGUGAAUCCAACUGGGGAAAUCUUCCUGCAUCCCCUGGCAGCCAUGGAGAGUCAUGGUGAGGUGGAGAUUCAGAUCUACCUGAAUUGUAGCCACUGCCACUCAGGCAACUGCAAGCGGGACCUUGAGACCAAUCUGCCAAUCUGCAUUUGUGAAAUGGGCUCUGUGCUAGCCAGCGACAACAUCACCUGCACAGUGCCUCAUGGCCCCAUCCCAGAGGGACACCUGCCACUCCCACUCCUCCUGGCUGUGGUUGCUGCAAUUGUGGUACUUGGAAUGGCCCUCACUUGCGGCAGCCUCUCCUUCCUCUAUCACCGUAAGAAGCAGCAGCUGGAAGGAGCUAGAGCACGACUGCAGAGCCCAGAAUACAAACUGAGCAAAAUCCGUACCUCCACCAUCAUGACGGAUUACAACCCCAACUACUGCUUUGCUGGGAAGGCUGCCACGCUGAACGAGCUGAAGGAGAUCCCUCGCAAGAACAUCUCCCUGCUUCGGGCAUUAGGACAUGGAGCAUUUGGCGAGGUUUAUGAGGGGACAGUGGUAGGAAUCACUGGAGAUCCCAACCCGCUACAGGUGGCCAUCAAGACAUUGCCAGAAGUCUGCUCUGAGCAGGAUGAGAUGGAUUUCCUGAUGGAGGCACUGAUAAUAAGUAAGUUCAAUCACCAAAACAUAGUGCGGUGCAUUGGUGUGAGCCUGCAGACGUUGCCUCGCUUCAUUCUGCUGGAGCUCAUGGCUGGUGGAGACAUGAAGAGCUUCCUUCGGCAGAAUCGACCACGUGUGAACCAGCCAUCCACUUUGACAAUGCAAGACCUGUUGAACAUUGCCAGAGACAUUGCCUGUGGUUGCAGAUACCUGGAAGAGAAUCACUUCAUCCACAGGGACAUAGCUGCAAGGAACUGCCUGUUGACCUGCACUGGGGCAGAUCGAGUCGCCAAAAUUGGUGAUUUUGGAAUGGCCCGGGAUAUCUACAGGGCAAGCUACUAUCGCAAAGGCGGGAGAGCCAUGCUGCCUGUCAAGUGGAUGCCACCAGAGGCUUUCCUAGAGGGGAUCUUCACCUCCAAGACUGAUACAUGGUCUUUUGGUGUGCUGCUGUGGGAGAUCUUUUCAUUGGGCUAUAUGCCAUACCCUUGCAAAACCAACCAAGAAGUGCUGGAAUUUGUUACUAGUGGAGGAAGAAUGGAUCCACCAAAAAACUGCCCAGGACCAGUCUAUCGGAUCAUGACACAGUGUUGGCAGCACAGCCCAGAGUACCGGCCCAACUUCUCCACUAUUCUGGAAAGAAUCAAGUACUGCACACAGGAUCCUGACGUAAUCAAUACUGAGUUGCCCAUUGAAUGUGGGCCAGCUCCAGAAGAUGAGGGAAGCACAGUGAUACGCCCAAACGCUUCCAGUGGGACGGUUCCCUUGAUGGUGAGCCCUUCCCUGACCCCUCAAAUGGCUCCCAGAAUGUUAGAAGCCCAUCAGGCAGGGCAUAAACUUGGACAGUGUCCACAGGAACUGAUGGUAGAGAAUUUGGGCAACUGGACUGUCAGAGGACCCAGCCUGCCAUGUCUCUCUGAUUCCAAUAGCAGUGGGUCCUGGUUCCAACAGACUUCAAAUCACAGACUGAAGAACAAAACGAAAAACCUUUGGAACCCAACAUACGGUUCCUGGAUGUUGGAGCAUAUCUGCCAUUCCAGCCCUAACUCCAAGCUCAAAGUGGCCACAGAACGAGAAGACUCGGGCUUUGAUGGGAAUUGCAGCUCUUCCCCUAGUUCUCGGGAAUCUCCAGCAUCUCCAAGCCGGAGACAUGCUCCUCACGUGGAUGUCGGUGGGAUCGAAUUGGUGAAGCUACAGACUUUCCCAUGUGGUAAUGUGAAUUAUGCAUAUGAUGACCUCUGCUACAACACUGACCAGGCUUCCUCUUUGGCAACAGACAGGGCACCAGUACUGAGACGCACCAGUCUGCGAAGGGAUGAGAAGCCUUUUUUUAAGCCAGAGAAAACAUCACGAGAGAGGGACUCUGGCCUCUCCUUAUCAGAUGACCUGAGCGUUACACCUGUAUAACAGGAGAUGCUUUUCCAAAGAUCAGGGAGGGAGUUUACUAUGUCUGCAAAGGCAAAGUUGAAAUUCCACUCUGUUUGCCUGUUUCCUCCAUUCAAGUUCUUGCAGAGGUGAUCUUUUAACCACACUAGUAUCCCACUUCCUGCUCCUCCUGGCUGGUUCCUAAUUCACUGAAGACAAUUGCUUUCCUAUCUUUAUUUCUAUCUCUGUCCAUCAAAUGUGUUCCCUCUUCCUGAACCAGUACCACUGUUUGACUGUAAAUAGAGGUGGCAUUUCCUGCACUGAUUCAGAAUCCAGUGGUUCAUGAAAAGAGGCACUCUCAAUCUGCUCAGGUGAAAAAAAAUGGAGCUACCAUCCAGUUGUUAGUCAGCCGGAAAUGGUAAACAACAUAGCCACUCUUCUGAUCUAAUGUACCAAAAAAAAUCCCAUGCUGUGGGGUAGCAUCAGUUGCCUUGCAAAGGCUGCCAUAUUCCCGAGAGUUUUGCACAUUUCUGCUGACUCACCAAUGAGGCGGGUGCGCUGACAGAGAAGUAAACAAAAAGUAGCCACAUUUGGACCCAUUUUCUUGGCAGGGACAUCGGAAAAACAGUAAAAUAAAACCAGUGUUUGCACAGAUCAAAACAAAAGCAGGAGGGAGGGUCAGUUAUUAUGGCUGACUCCUCUGAGAAGGUGUUUUUUAAAAAAAAAAAGCAAACAAGGAAGGAGAAAACCAAUUACGUACUUUAAAACAUAGUUACUGGUGUUGAUGGCAUCCCUUUGAUGACUGAAGAAAAUUUGCUUCUUACCUCAGGGUGUAGCCCACCUCACAGUUUCUGACCCUGGAGAUUUGGGAAGACUUCUGAUCAAGGUCCAGCUGUGCUGCAUGCUGAAAACUGGACUUUCCCUUUCUUUUAACAGACUCCACUUGGGAUGAACUUUAUUAAAAAAAUUACUCUAGCAUUCAGCAGUAUAUUUACCUACACUGCAAUGGUAAACUUUAAGAUGAAGAUUGAGGAUUAUUACUGUAGAAUGCCAAGUUCUGGGUCAUGUUGCUGUUGUUUUUUAAUAUAUAAUAUGGAAAAAUCCUCUGAAGCAGACGUACCUGAGGCAAGUUAUGCAUCUUGAUUGGAAGCCAGCAAGAAGUAUUUUAUUUUAACUUAAUUCUCAAAAUGCCCUUAUAAUAAUGAGCUUGAUUAACUCAGCCGUCUGGGAUGUCCAAGCCAUGGAGGCACUUGUUUUUCUUUUUAUGGGGAGUGCUUAGAAGACUCUUGUUUCUUCUUGAUCUCUUAUUUGUACUGUCUUGGAAAUUCAGGAGCUGGAUUGUUAUUCUGGAAGAAUUGUUAUUUACAAAGUUUCCUACUGUAGUUUGCUGAUUAAGCUGCUAUUUACUGGUUAAAGCCUGCCAAACAAAGAUUGAAAUGGUAAAGACAGAAUGGGGUUUUAAGCCUACACUGUACCAGAAAAGCGUCUUGGUUCUAUUUCUGAAUGCCGCACUGCCAGUAGAUGGGUAACAAAUGGGAUAUUAACAGUGUGGAGGGAGGGAAAACCUUAUUAGCCUGUGGAACCUGGUGGAAAUGCAGCUCCUUAAAUGUGGAAGUAGGGACUCAAGGGUACAUGGCUGGUUCAGAGUAUCGACUCCCUAUGCACAGAUAACCAAAAUGUGAAUACCCUGCAAUUUUUGCAUUUGACUUCACCUUUGUUUCCUCACUGACUCAAGAAGGGCUGUUACAGUUUCAUUCAUUGUAUCAAGGGUCACCUCAUGCAUCAUAUAUACACGUGUAUACACACUUCAGCAUGACUGGCAAUCUCCUCUCAGAAGAUGGUUAACUUUAAGCACAGACUCCAUUGCCUCUGCAUCAGUUAGAGAUGGUCACUAUAGAUCUGUGGCACAGAGAAGCACAGCACUGAAAAGAAAGAUUGAAUACCAUCUCCCAGUAGCACUGUAUGUCCCCAGAUCAGGAUGAAGGCCUGGCUGUAGCUAGUCUUAGCUUCCUCUAUUUGGGGGAUUUUUGGCUACAGAAGAAAGUGUCAUUGCAAAUGCCAUCGGUACUACAUCCCAGUGCUGGUGCUGGAUCUAUUCCCACAAUGACUUUGUGCUGAGAAAAACCACAUCCGCAUCAUGAAAUGUACUAUUUGUGGGCAUUCAUCUACACCAUACAUUAUGACCCUUUAUGUGCCUAAAGGCAUAUAAGGACACAGGGCCUUCCCCAGGUGUGUAGGAUUGUCCUAAGAGAGACUGGGGAAUGCAGGUGGGUAAUUGAAAUCUAAUAACCACUCUUUGUUCAACAGGGACCUUGUUUCUGUCCAUGACCUUCCCACUCUCUUCCUAUUUGAGGUCUGUAGGCCUGAUUAUUUACUUAUUUUAGUCUUCCAGCUUUGAUGGGUGCAUCAUGGCCAGGCACAGGGCAAUCUCACUUCCCUUAGAUCUUGUCAGUGCAAGUCUUUACUUGAUCAGCUGGGUCACCUUCUCCCAAAGGAUAAGCAUAGUGUUUUGCCACCGUGCUUCUAGCAUUACAUGGCCAGCUCUAUCAUAUGCCAGCGAGAAAAAAAACUACCGCUCAGUCAUAACCAACUUGAACCUGUAUAUUUUGGGCUCCUGUACACAUGCAGGGCAAUUAUUUUGGGUGGAGGGCUGCUUACUGAGUUUUGGCAAGCCAUCAAGGGCUGCAUGACAGGUAGCCAGGGGCAGAUAAAUAUUCAUUUUCUAAAUUUUGGGGAGGCCCCAUGGACUGGAUAGAAUGGCCUGCCAGGCUGCAUUUUGCCCACCCCUGCUCUAGCAUCACUUGCAUCAGCGUCCCUGUGCUGAAAAGGGGCAAUGGGUUGCUUUAAACUAAAGCUCAUUUGAUGAGCCUUAGUUCAAUGCACCCCACUGCCAUUUUUCAGCACAGAGAUGCUGAUACAUGUGACACUCCAGGUGCUUUUAAUUAGCGUGGCUCUCAGAGCUGUGCUAAUUAAAGUGCACCCCCUCCACUGCCCCAGCACAUCUCUAAGUGCCCUUUGAUUUCACCUUUCCCUACCCCCCCCCCCAACCUCAGGGCCAGGAGAUGAAAUGUCUCUGUACUUCCUUCAGCUGUUUUUAUAGUUCAGGAGACCUUGUUUCCCCAGAGAUAAAUUAUCAAAAAAUCUCUUAAUCUACCACCAUUAACAGUAGUGACCUGGCCCUUUCUUCUUCUGUAGCCUCUUCACUGCAGGGGUGAAGGUGCAUCUAGCAUUGUACAGUGUUUUACUUUAGGUGCAAUUCAGCUGUUAUGGAAACUACUCAAGAUGGACAAGCUGUCCCACAUUAUUGUGGCUCUGAUGCAUUGUAUAACUGACCUGCUGGUGUGCAUCCAUCUCCCUUUGUAUGCCCUCCCCAAUUAAUUCAUUUUAAUCACUUACCUGGGAGGAAAGUACCUGGUAGAGCACCCUCCUUUAUACUUGGAUCAAGCCAGUUCCUGGUCCACUACACUCUUUCAUGAGCCCCAGAUUAACCCAUACUUUUAUAAAUGGAACGAGUGAUAAAAACAGAUUAGAGGUUGGAAUGUGAAGUGGGAAUAAGCCCAUUAUGUGACAGUAUCACAGUCAACAUUUUUCAAGCACCCAUCACCAUAGAUACUAGUAUCCAAAUGCAAAAACACCACUCACACCACUUCUUCUUGGGUAAAAACGGUCUUCAUGUGCGUGGUGGAUUCUGGAGGGUUACUGUCAGGAGCAAGCAGGACCUUAGAUCUGCACAUAUUGAAUAUUUACUAACAACAAAAUUUUCUGCUUAAGCACCACAAAGCCAUUAAGUUUUUAAUGGGACAUAUGCUCCUAAAUCAUUUAAAUCAGUGGUCCCCAAACUUUGUAGACUAAUGGACUAUCGGCCCUUAACAUUUCUUGCACGCCACCAUGCAUCCUUAUCAUCGAAUAUUUAAUGGAAACGGUGGGGAGUGCAAUCUCCAGACCUGGUGCAAGCUACUUUACCAGAGCCUCAUAGCUAGACACCAGGGUUUGCUGACUACAGUUUGACAAUGACUGACUUUUGAAAAAUCCCACCCGUACGUAUGAAGACAGAGAGGCAUCUCUCUGAAGGAUAGGCGGGUUAAUAAUGCCCCUAUGAUGAUACUGAAGUUGUACAUGUAGUCCAAAAGCUGGCCAUACAGCUAAUGAAACAAUAACCAUGCCAUUAACUUACAUCACACCCUUCGUUUCCCAACAGAUUUAUAGCUCUUGAUUUACAAAGCUUUAAUUUUAAGAGAGAACUCUGAUCAGUAGUGACUGAACAAACCCAUAUUGUUUGCAUUAGGUUAGAUUUGCUUGGCAGUUUAAAGCCAAAACCAAUUUGAUUUUGUAGAGGAACGACACAGAGUCAUGGGGGUUAGUUUAGACCCUUUUCCACAGUGCAUUUUCCAACACCAACUGGCAACGGAGAUUCAGCUGCUAAUAGGAAGGAUAUAGUGGAGUGAUUCUCAACCAGAGUGCCACGGCAACCCAGCAUGCCUUGAGAGCCUUUCAAGGGUACCACAGGGUGCCACACAAAAGCAGCAGUUAGGUAUGCAAUUAUGAUUCACAAGCUAAAGCCAGAAAUUUCAAAUCCAUAGUGUUAAAAACAUUUUGACCUGCUGUGGUUUUUCUGUGCUCUUUGCAAAAGAAGAAUUGCUCUAUUUCUAUAGUCAAAAACUGAGUGAAAACUAAGAGCUGAAAUUUUCUGAGGUGUGCGUGGAGUCUAAAAAGUUCAAGAACCACUGCUAUAGUGUGCUCUCCUAGAUGGAUUUCUAAAUCUGUGUUCAGCUUUGACAUUUAACACAGCUUAAGCCAGCAAUUUAUUUUGUAAUAGAUGUGUGUGUGUGGGUAUGUGUAUAUAGAACUAAUUUUCUCUGAUAGAGUACCUACUUGCUCCCCAUUGAUUAAUAAUGUUGCUUUGUAGAGCCUUACAGUUACAAAGUCACCUCUGUAAAAUGUAACACACAGAGACCAAAAAAAAGGUGGAGUGUAAUUUGUCAUCUGUUUGUAAUUUUCUGCCUUUCUCUGCUUCCUUCUCUCACAUUUCUUUAUUCUCUUCCCUGCAUCUAUUUUUCCCUUCCUUUAUUCUUUCCCAUUUUUCUUCUCUCUGUAUAGAACUUGGAUCUUCAAGUCACACCUAAUACAGAUGCAGCUAAAAUGCCUCUGAUUUAAGACAUGCUUCUCAUUUCCACCAUCAGAUUUCUUUUCUGAGGUUGGUUUCUUUCUUGCUCUGGUCUCCCACCUUUCAUCAGGUCUCUACCUGGAGUACUCAAAUGGUAGUUAUACUAUAGUAGCAUAGCACUUACAGUGCGUAUGCACUUUCUACCAGCAAAAUUUCCUUUUGGAAGUAUAGUUUAUCCCAUCACCUCUACCAUCACAUCCUUCACUUCCCACAGCCUUAGCAAAAUAAGCUGCACUGGUAAAAGUGUAGUUUUUUCAAAUACAAUUGCAUCUAUACAGAUGUGUUGAUCAGGGAUCACACCACCUCACAUCCAACUGGUCCAGCUGUGCCAGCAAAAGGUUCUCAAGUGAACCUGGUCUCCAAACUGCAUUCCUCUUUCUGAUAUGUAGAAACACUAGACUCCACCCUCUUUACAGGUGACCCCACCAUCAUUAUAGAGUCUCUUCACUUUGUAUUUAACUGAAUUGGUUUUUUGUUGUUACUUCUCAGAAUGGCAACAAAGUUUGCCAACCUGCCCUUCAGGUCACUGUAAAUAAGUAGAUGAUAACAAGCCUGCUUCUAUGCAAUUUCAAAAUGGAUAAAUGUAUACUUCUAUAUUUGCAACACAAAUAAAGAGAUGCUAAUAGUG